CCGCAAGGGGAUCACGUGGCUCCUUCCUUUCCGUCUCUGGCCGACUGGGCGCGGGCGACUGCUGGCGAGGCGCGUGGAAGCUCGCGCUAGUUCCCCUCCGCCUCCUCUCCCGGUCCGGGCCACUAGGGAGUUCGCUGACGCCGGGUGAGCUGAGCCUACCGCCAAGAUGCCGGCCUAUUUCCAGAGGCCGGAAAAUGCCCUCAAGCGCGCCAACGAAUUUCUUGAGGUUGGCAAAAAGCAACCUGCACUGGAUGUUCUUUAUGAUGUUAUGAAAAGUAAGAAACACAGAACAUGGCAAAAGAUACACGAGCCAAUUAUGUUGAAAUACUUGGAACUGUGUGUGGAUCUUCGUAAGAGCCACUUGGCUAAGGAAGGUUUAUAUCAAUAUAAGAACAUCUGUCAGCAGGUAAAUAUUAAAUCUUUAGAAGAUGUUGUUAGGGCAUACUUGAAAUUAGCAGAGGAAAAAACAGAAGCUGCUAAAGAAGAGUCCCAACAAAUGGUGUUAGAUAUAGAAGAUCUGGAUAAUAUUCAGACUCCUGAGAGUGUUCUCUUAAGUGCAGUAAGCGGGGAAGACACUCAAGAUCGUACUGACAGAUUGCUUUUGACUCCUUGGGUCAAGUUCCUGUGGGAAUCAUACAGGCAGUGUUUGGACCUUCUUCGAAACAAUUCUAGAGUAGAGCGCCUUUACCAUGAUAUCGCCCAGCAAGCUUUCAAAUUCUGCCUCCAGUACACUCGGAAGGCUGAGUUCCGCAAGCUCUGUGACAAUUUGCGAAUGCACUUAUCUCAGAUUCAGCGCCACCAUAACCAAAGCACAGCAAUCAAUCUUAACAAUCCAGAGAGCCAGUCCAUGCAUUUGGAAACCAGACUUGUUCAGUUGGACAGUGCUAUCAGCAUGGAACUAUGGCAGGAAGCCUUCAAAGCUGUGGAAGAUAUUCAUGGGCUAUUUUCCUUGUCUAAAAAACCACCUAAGCCUCAGUUGAUGGCAAAUUACUAUAACAAAGUCUCAACAGUAUUUUGGAAAUCUGGAAAUGCUCUAUUUCAUGCGUCUACACUUCAUCGUCUCUAUCAUCUGUCUAGAGAAAUGAGAAAGAAUCUUACACAAGAUGAGAUGCAAAGAAUGUCAACUAGAGUCCUUUUGGCGACUCUUUCCAUACCUAUCACUCCUGAGCGAACUGAUAUUGCUCGGCUUUUGGAUAUGGAUGGCAUUAUAGUUGAGAAGCAGCGCCGCCUUGCAACACUGCUAGGUCUUCAAGCCCCACCCACACGAAUCGGCCUUAUUAACGAUAUGGUCAGAUUCAAUGUGCUACAAUAUGUUGUCCCGGAAGUAAAAGACCUUUACAACUGGCUAGAGGUAGAAUUCAACCCACUAAAACUCUGUGAGAGAGUCACAAAGGUAUUAAAUUGGGUUAGGGAACAACCUGAAAAGGAACCAGAAUUGCAACAAUAUGUACCACAACUACAGAACAAUACCAUACUCCGCCUUCUGCAACAGGUGGCUCAGAUUUAUCAGAGCAUUGAGUUUUCUCGUUUGACUUCUCUGGUUCCUUUUGUUGAUGCUUUCCAACUAGAACGGGCCAUAGUAGAUGCAGCCAGGCACUGUGACCUGCAGGUUCGCAUUGAUCAUACUUCUCGGACUCUGAGUUUUGGAUCAGACUUGAAUUAUGCAACUCGAGAAGAUGCCCCAAUUGGCCCUCAUCUGCAAAGUAUGCCAUCAGAACAAAUAAGAAAUCAGCUCACAGCCAUGUCCUCAGUGCUUGCAAAAGCACUUGAAGUCAUCAAGCCUGCUCACAUUCUGCAAGAGAAAGAAGAACAGCAUCAGUUGGCAGUUACUGCAUACCUUAAAAAUUCACGAAAAGAGCAUCAGCGGAUUCUGGCUCGUCGACAGACAAUUGAGGAAAGGAAAGAGCGACUUGAGAGUCUGAAUAUCCAGCGUGAGAAAGAAGAACUGGAGCAGAGGGAAGCAGAACUCCAGAAAGUACGGAAGGCCGAAGAAGAGAGGCUGCGCCAGGAAGCAAAAGAGCGAGAAAAGGAACGAAUUCUUCAGGAACAUGAGCAAAUCAAAAAGAAGACUGUUCGGGAGCGGUUAGAGCAGAUCAAGAAGACAGAACUGGGUGCCAAAGCAUUCAAAGACAUCGACAUUGAAGACCUUGAAGAACUGGAUCCAGAUUUUAUCAUGGCCAAACAGGUUGAACAACUGGAGAAAGAAAAGAAGGAACUUCAGGAACGCCUGAAGAAUCAAGAAAAGAAGAUUGACUAUUUUGAAAGAGCUAAGCGUUUAGAAGAAAUUCCUUUGAUAAAGAGUGCUUAUGAGGAGCAAAGAGUUAAAGAUAUGGACCUGUGGGAACAACAAGAAGAAGAAAGAAUUACUACAAUGCAGCUAGAACGAGAAAAAGCUCUGGAACAUAAGAACCGAAUGUCACGUAUGUUGGAAGACAGAGAUCUAUUUGUGAUGCGACUCAAAGCAGCCCGGCAGUCUGUCUAUGAGGAAAAAUUGAAACAGUUUGAAGAGCGGUUAGCAGAAGAAAGACAUAAUCGUCUGGAAGAACGGAAAAGGCAGCGAAAAGAAGAACGGAAGAUAACUUACUACAGAGAAAAGGAAGAAGAAGAACAGAGGAGAGCAGAAGAACAGAUGCUAAAAGAGCGAGAAGAAAGAGAGCGAGCUGAGAGAGCAAAACGGGAGGAAGAACUUAGAGAGUAUCAAGAGAGAGUCAAGAAACUGGAAGAAGUAGAAAGGAAAAAACGGCAGAGGGAACUGGAAAUUGAAGAAAGAGAACGGCGCAGAGAGGAAGAGAGGAGACUUGGUGAUGACCCACUUUCUAGGAAGGACUCUCGGUGGGGAGAUAGAGAUUCAGAAGGCACAUGGAGGAAAGGACCAGAAGCUGACUCUGAGUGGAGGAGAGGCCCGCCAGAGAAGGACUGGAGACGUGGAGAAACUCGGGAUGAUGACAGGCCUCACAGGAGAGAUGAGGAUCGACUGAGGCGCUUGGGAGAUGAUGAAGAGAGAGAAUCUUCUCUUAGACCAGAUGAUGAUCGCAUCCCCAGGCGUGGCCUGGAUGAUGACAGAGGGCCUAGACGUGGUCCCGAUGAAGAUAGAUUUUCUCGUAGAGGAACAGAUGAUGACCGUCCUUCCUGGCGUCACACAGAUGAUGACAGACCUCCCAGGCGAAUUGGUGAUGACGAUAGGGGCAGCUGGCGUCACACGGAUGACGACAGAGGAAGCUGGCGGACAGCAGAUGAGGACAGAGGACCUAGACGUGGGAUGGAUGAGGACCGGGGGCCGAGAAGAGGAGGUGCUGAUGAUGAGCGGUCAUCCUGGCGUGGUGCUGAUGAUGACCGGGGUCCCAGGCGGGGCAUGGAUGAUGACCGGGGUCCCAGGAGGGGCAUGGAUGAAGACCGAGGACCCUGGAGGAAUGCUGAUGAUGAUAGGAUUCCCAGGAGAGGUGCGGAUGAUGACCGGGGGCCUUGGAGAAAUAUGGACGAUGACAGGAUUCCCAGACGGGGUGACGAUGCAAGGCCUGGUCCUUGGAGACCAUUUGUCAAGCCAGGUGGAUGGAGAGAGAAAGAAAAGGCUAGAGAAGAGAGCUGGGGUCCACCUCGAGAAUCAAGACCAUCAGAAGAACGUGAAUGGGAUAGAGACAAAGAGAGAGAUAGAGACAGUCAAGAUCGAGAGGAGAACGAUAAGGACCCUGAACGAGAAAGGGACAGAGAGAGAGAUGGGGACCGGGAGGAUCGCUUCAGAAGACCCAGGGAUGAAGGUGGCUGGAGGAGAGGACCAGCAGAAGAAUCUUCAAGCUGGCGAGAUUCAAGUCGCCGUGAUGAUAGAGACCGGGAUGACCGUCGUCGGGAAAGAGAUGAUCGUCGUGAUCUGAGAGACCUGAGAGAAAGAAGGGAUUUAAGAGAUGAUAGAGACCGGAGAGGACCUCCCCUCAGAUCAGAGCGAGAAGAAGCAAGCUCUUGGAGACGAGCUGAUGACAGGAAAGAUGAUCGGACUGAAGAGCGGGAUCUACCUCGUCGUGUUCCUCCCCCAGCUCUUUCAAGAGAGAGAGAGAGAGAACGAGAAGGUGAGAAAGAGAAAGCAUCCUGGAGAGCUGAGAAAGACAGGGAGACCCUUCGUCGUGCGAAGAAUGAAACAGAUGAAGACGGAUGGACAACGGUGCGGCGCUGAGGCCCGAGGCGGCGGAGUCAGACGGACGGGCGUCUCCCAUAGGUUUGGUCACAGUCAAGGGUUAUUACACUUGUGCUUCACCCGGUCUAAACUGAAUUCUUUAAUGUUGUCUCACCAUAACACAAAAAGCAUGAACUUGUAUUAAUCAUAUAUAAUAGAUUGAUCAUGCACUGUAUUCACAGGAGGUUGAAAAACCAUGCCAUUUUCUGGAAUUUAAGGUGUUGCAUUAUUUCAUCAAUCAUUUGUUUAAAAAAACUAAAAAAAUAAAAAAUGAACCCUUCAGGUGUUAACACCUA